UCUAUAUUUAUUCUAAGUCUAGUCAACAAUGGCAACUUGAAAGUAAACAAAAAAUUGAAAAACAAUGGCAAGUGGAAGUCUUGAACAAGGAACCUGUUUCCAUUGCCCCACACACACACUUAUUUAUAUGUAAAUUGAAGUUUUGGUGAAAUGAAGCUUUCGCAUGUCUCAGCACUUAUUUAGUUGCAGUGAUAAUAUUAUUAAAAUGAUAAUAAUUGUGUUGUUUUUUUUUUUAUUAUGGUGUAUACGUAUGAUUGUUAUGAAAAAGAAAGAAAAAAAGGAGUAUUACUAUUUUCAAAGUGCGACGAAUUUGGGGGACAUGUAUAUUCCCAGCACCGAUGAUAAGGUUAAGCAACAAAUUAUGGAUGCACUGAGAGUAAGAGAUCAAGGAGAAAAUAUAAUUGGAUUAUGUGGGUCAGUUAAAAGAGUCAAGCAUUUUGCAAAAACAGCUAUAAGAAGAGCCGAGAGAGAUCAAUUGUUCCAAGAGAUUAUCACAACAAAUGUGACAAAGAAGUCGGAUAUUACUAAGAUUCAGACACAAAUUGGUGAGGCAAUAGGUCUGAAUUUUGAUGAUAAAGGUGUUGUAGUGAAAUCAACUUGGUGGAAAUUUGGUAAUAACAAAAGGAUAACAACUGCAGAAAGAGCUGCUCUUUUGUGUGCUAAGAUGAAAGAGUUGCAGACAGUCCUAGUUGUACUGAAUGAUGUUCAUGGUAGACUUGAUUUAGGUGAGAUUGGUAUCCCCUUUGGUGAAGAUCACAAUGGUUGCAAGAUAUUGGUGACAUCAACAAGUGUAGAGGUUUUAUCCAAAAAAAUGAAGGUUCAUAAAUUGAUUGAGAUAUCAGAGACAUGACGAGAUUCUCUUCCUAAUAGAGUGUUCGAAGCAAUGAUGAUGAAAAUUUGAAGUCCAAACAUGUACGUCAUUUGGAAAAACACCACGUUUAAGAGAUUAGAGACUGAGAAGUGCUUUGUAGGUAUAUAGAUGAACUAAGACUUAGCUUUUUUUUUCUGUCAAAUGUCUGUGCUUGUAAUCAAAUAUAUGGGCCAGUUCAGAUAAUAAUAACUGUAAAUCUAAGAUUUUUAUUUUUCUGUCAAAAGCUUGUAAUCUAAGAUAUGAAUCUAGUUCAGUUAAUUGUAUAAUGUCAUGAUAUUAUUGUUAUA